GUCUGGCUUUGCGAAUCACCAUGUCGACCCCAGAGAACGUUGCCAUCAUUGGUGCAGGCCUUUCUGGUCUGACUCUCGCACUUGCUCUCCAUCGCCAGUCCAUUCCGUGUACAGUCUACGAGGCUCGAUCUGCCCCGUUAGACAUUGGGGGUGCUAUCAUGCUCUCUCCCAAUGCACUCCGCAUUCUCGAUAUCCUUGGAAUAUACCAGCGCAUUCGACCAGAGGGAUUUGAGUUCGACCAUUUGUACUUUCGUUCCCCCGACAACGAAUUGAUCGAUAGCUUCGAGUUCGGACACAUAAAAUACGGUUACCAUGGUUUGCGGAUCUAUCGACAUGUCCUCAUCAAGGAGCUCUCAGAAAUGGUGACCCAAGCCAACAUCCCCGUUCACUACAACAAGAAAUUCCUACAUGUCAAAUCUGAAACCUCGUCGGAAGUCACCUGGCAGUUUGGGGAUGACACCACGGCGACAGCAGCCUGCCUCGUGGGCGCGGAUGGAAUUCAUUCCCGGGUCCGGAAGUAUCUCUAUCCAGACCUAGAACCACGAUUUACAAAUGCGGUUGGAGUGACCGCUGCUGUUCCUACUAGUCAACUAGAAGCCCCCGAUGAAUAUGAGUUGCCCGUCACGAUCAUGAACCCGAAGCACGGUGCUUUUGUAAUCGCACCCCAGCUCAAGGAUGGAUCCGAGGUCUUGAUUGGCAGACAGAAGCAUGCCACGCAAUUAGAACGGGAGGGCUGGGACCGACUCCUGAAUGACAAACAAUGGUGUAUUGAUUUUCUCCGUGACGGAGCCAAUGACUUUCCAGAGAUUGUGCAGCGAGCGGUGUCGCAGAUCUCUGCGGCCAAGAUCAACCUCUGGCCUUUUCAUGUUGUCCCUAAGCUGGACCGAUGGAGCUCUCACCUCUGCCGAGUAAUUAUCUUAGGCGAUGCUGCACACGCUAUUCCGCCCACUGCGGGGCAGGGGGUUAAUCAGGCCUUCGAGGAUGUCUAUACGUACUCGUUGGUUCUGGCUAAGAAGAGCCGGGAUAUGUCGCUAGAGCAGGCCCUAGGGCUCUGGCAGCAGGGAAGACAAGCGCGAGUCGACAAGGUGUUGGAGCUUAAUGCGCGAAUUGACAAGCGUCGUAUGCCGAAACAGGAUCGAAACAAUGAUUCAGAUGUGCACGAAGUGUUUGACUUGGAAUGGUUAUAUAGUCCCGAUUUUGACGCAAUGGUGGACGAAUGGCAGCAAACACACCGACCCCUUUCAUAGUCAUGUUGUUGAGACUUUCCAGUCUGUUUUUAUAUUGCUUACUUUUUACGCACGAGUACUUC